AUGGAAGCAUCGCAGUCGCCAACCAAGCCAAAGCGCUCUCGCGCUGAAAUGGAACACGACAGCGGCAUGCCAGCCAAGGAAUCUGCAGCACAAGCUCACGACGGUACUACAUCAUCAUCCGACGACGACGACUUUGGACCCGCCCUUCCCUCCUCGGCGCCGAAAAAGAAGAAGCGCAAGCUACCAUAUGAGAAGCUCUACGUUGCUGCGCUGCCUGGCGCAGCCCGAUACUCGAAAUCACUUAUGCACCGCGAGCAACUCUGCUUUACCACCUUUACCCCACACACCGACUUUCUCAUUACCAGCUCCGUCGACGGCGUCGUCAAAUUCUGGAAAAAGGUCUUUGGAGGCAUCGAGUUUGUCAAGGAGUUCCGUGCGCAUAGCGGCGAGAUCAAGUUUGUCAACGUGAGCGCCGACGGCCGCAGUUUUGCGACUGCCGGCGCGGACAAGACGAUCAAGAUCUUUGAUGUCGUCACAUUCGACCUCUUGGCCAUGUUGACCUUGGAUUAUGUUCCUCUGGCGAUUUGCUGGCUGCAUGGCCGAGGCGCAAGCUUCCCACAACUGGCCGUCAGCUCAGAAGCCAACAGCUGGAUCCGCGUAUACGAUGGCAGAGGCGAAAACCCGGAGCCGCUGCACGUCUUGAAGACCGUGCACAGAGCCCCUGUUAGCCUGAUGGCAUACAACAACCACUUUGACUGCGUUGUGAGCGUCGACCAGGGCGGCAUGAUUGAAUAUUGGAGACCAAACGGAAACUAUGAGAAGCCGGAUAACGUGUGGUCUCUGAAGAGCUCUACGAGCCUGUUUGAGUUCAAAAAGUCCAAAUGCGUCCCAUCUUCGCUCACGCUUUCGCCCACUGGAAAGCAGUUUGCGACCUUUUCUUUCCCGGACCGCAAAGUCCGUGUUUUUGAUUUUGCCACUGGAAAACUCCACCGAACCUAUGACGAGUCUAUUGAAACCAUCACGAGCAUGCAACAAGCGGGAACUGCUGUCCAGCACCUUGAAGACAUGGAGUUUGGGCGAAGAAUAGGCAUUGAAAGAGAACUUGAUCAGCCUUGGCUGCGAUGUCGCAUGAAUGUCAUUUUCGACGAGACAGGCAACUUCAUCCUCUAUGGCAGCAUGUACGGUGUCAAGGUCAUCAACACAGUCACGAACAAGCUUGUGAAGCUAUAUGGCCAAGAAGAGUCGAUCCGGCCGCUGUGGUUAUGUCUCUACCAAGGCCAGCCCGAGAAGAAGGGAGUUGUUACGGUUGAAAUGGCAGCAAGUGAGAACCCACUGCUGCAAGAAGCCGAGGCACGAGAUGCCAUGCUCGUGUCCACGGGCUCCGGCAAAGUCCGUUUUUACAUGUACACCAACGACUCGACCGUCUCCAAGUCGGUACGCGACGUGCAAAACGAAAAGCCACGCGCCGCAGCCUCGAACAAGAAAAAGGACGAAAAGGCGCUGGCGGCAACAGGCACAACAGCCACUCUACACACAACCUAUGGCGACAUCACCAUGCGCCUAUUCCCCGACGCGGCACCCAAAGCCGUCGAGAACUUUGUCACGCACGCACGCAACGGAUAUUACAACAACGUGAUAUUCCACCGCGUCAUUCGCAAGUUCAUGAUCCAAACGGGCGACCCGCUCGGCGACGGCACCGGAGGCGAAAGCAUCUGGGGCAAGGAGUUUGCCGACGAGUUCUCCAAUCUCAAGCACGACAAGCCGUAUACCGUCAGCAUGGCCAAUGCCGGUCCAAAUUCAAACGGCAGCCAGUUUUUCAUCACAACAGAGAAGACGCCGUGGCUUGACAACAAGCAUACUAUUUUCGGACGCGCCAUUGCGGGCAUGGACGUGGUGCACAAGAUUGAGAAUACUAAAGUAUACAAGGAGAAGCCCGAAGAGGAUAUCAAGAUUAUCAGCAUUUCCGUCUCCUGAGUCCCGUUGGGUCAGGCAAAACAAAAAAUAAGGGUGAGGGGGGCAAUGUGAAUGCAGCAAUGUGAGUAGGAUAUUGAGUUAUUUCCAAAGGCAAUCAAUCUCAGCGUACGUGAAGCAUG